UUUAUUUGUACUGCCUAGUGACUUAAGGCGCGAAGAUUUGUGUGUUAUCUGUUCUUGUGAUUCUCUGUAUGAUUGUUCGGUGGGUUUUCGCAUCGUGUUACAACUUUUAUUAUGAAAUUAUCUUACGAAACUGAAUUCUGCUGCAAAAUUUCUGUUUUGUCGCAAAACUUCAAAUGCGUGCUGAAGUGUAGGAAAAUCACUGAGCUCAUCCAACGUCCGGGCGCAUUGCGUUUCCUGUUAUUACCCUUUUGAUUUUGGGACUUGCUAAGUAUUUCGUGAAUUAACUGUUUUUUCUCUCUCUGGUAUCCGCAGAACUAUAUAUGUAUUUAGAACAUUUAUGUAAAACAGGUGAUAUGUCCUCUGUAAAUUGAGUUAGGACGACAAUCUAUAGUCAGUUACCUUUAGUAGGUGCUUCGAUUUCCAUAAAUGUCUCAGUUUUUGCCAAUAACUAACAGUAGUUCCUGUUGUCGAAUCUAAAUACUUAGAAGUAUCUGAAGGAUUAUGUAUGCUGAAGUAGUUGGAUUUGGGGAUACAUUUUUUUUCGGGCACUCGGUGGUCUGUCUGAGUGUAUUUAUUCACCUCUUGAGUCUAACUGGGGAUGUUUCCGAACAUUAGACAAAAACUAGCAACUGGACAGCUUCAUUUAUUAGCUUUGAAUCCGUUCACUAACAUUUUAGUCAUGAGAUACAAACAUAACAUCACUUAUUCCUACAAAGACUGGUCACCUUAUAUAUUAGGUGCUUAUUGUGCCACCAGAGACAACUGCAUUUUUCAGUAGUUUGCUUGGAUUUGACCUCUUGUUUGGCAGUCAUUGUUAAAUGGUACCACGGUGAGACUAAUUUAUGGACGACCCUUGAGCGACGCUAAGGUGACCUUGUGAGUGUCUACCUACUUACUAGGGCUAAGUGAGGGUUAUAAAGCAGUUUCAAGAAUAAGGGUUAUGAUUUGUAGUUGAUGAUUGGGGUCAGGAAUUAGAUUUAAGGUUUUCAUCACUAACUGACAUCAGCUAUAAUACCAGGAUUCCAUUUAGCCAAAUGGGUGAAUGAAUUUCGCGCCAAAAUGCAAAAUCUAUUAUCGUAAGUCUGAUUCGUUCGUCCAUAAAUUGUAGUCUCGCCGGUACCACAGUCUUACAAUCAUUAGCAUCCAUGAACUUGAUGCAUUCUUAAACGGUUUAUUGUUCACACUGAAGUCUAGUUAACCAAACCUAACCACCCUAAAUGUCUCCAAAUAAUUUCGAUGUGGCUGUAUCACUAAUUUGAUCUGUAUUGGUCUCACCAUCUUAAAUGUAAAUUCCAAUAGCUUAGUGUGAAUCACACUACUUCUUGGCACCCAAUUGUACUAAUUUUACGUGAAAUAAGUAGAAGUAAAUACAUUCUCUACAGUGGGAAUUAUAGGGCGAUGUAUCCCAUCCACUUGUUCAUGUUUGACGUAAAACGCAGCAAAUCUGCACCUUCAUUUGGCUCAUGAUUGUAUAUAUAUUCACUCUACCAUAAUGUAGACUUUGAUUCCCAACGUCAAUUCAUAUUACUUAUGUUGCAAAUUUAUCCUUCCUUUACGGACCGCGUCCUUUAUCUUUAGUCUUUUUGCUAUCACUGAUACUACUAUCGUCCUAACCUAUUUACCAAGAACCUUGUUGAUUUCGCCUUACAUUAUAAGAUUAACGAGAUUCUUGGUAAAGGAGUUGAAAUGAUAGUAGUAUUAAUGAUAGCGAAAAGACUAAAGAUAAAGGACGUGGUCCGAAAAAUAAGCUUGCAAAGUAAGGAAAAUGACUUGACGUUGAGAAUCACUCUAAAUUAUAGUAUAGAGUGAAUACAUACGCAACCCAACAGCGAAUUUCUAGUCACCCUGUUAAUGACACUACACGUACCAAUAUAGAAUAAUGGUUAGUGGCACCGUCUGUUUAAUAGCUAUCUUUAGAGGUCAUACAGAUAACUGUGACUGCGACAAAAUUAGUCCAAAGAAAUUCUGUGUCUGAAAACGCACUAGGAUUAUUCAUUUCGUCUCUUGCGGCCUACAAACUGAUGUGCGGCGUUAUGUGGGUUUUUUGAAGUAAAGGAGAUAGACACAUCUAGAAUACGGCGCUAUAAAAAAAUGCUCGGUUCAAACCAUUGGCUUUAAUAUGGAACGUGUGAUCUAACCUUACUCAAACGGCUGGUAAACAUUUGUUCAAAUUGCUAGUUUAAAGACGAAUUAUUGACAUCCACAAAGUCGUAAUAGUACAUUUAUUUAAAACCGAGGACAAGUUUUGUGAUUUGAUACAUCCGGGACUACUUAAAUCUGUUAUGAUAUUCGAAUAUUCAAAUGGCAUAUGAACCUAAGGUUGGUCACCGGCUUCCAUGGGACUGCAUCUCCUCACGAUGCUCCACUGUCUUAUGGAUCAGACCUUCAGGUCGAAGGCUCGGGGUGUGGCCCUCUAAGAAAACCACCUGCUUCGGUUUGGGCACCCGGGUAUCACAGCCUUCACACAUAUCGAAUGAGAUUUGUGUGGCGCAUAUGUAUUUGGUGCCUCCUUGUACCAAUAUCUAUGUGUUAAAAUAAAUAAACAAAUGUGAUAUUCGAAGGGUAACAACACCGACUAUUUUUUCAGUUAUCUUUUAAUUAUGUGAUGAAGAUUAAAAGAGUGGAUUCAGUAGUAAAAGUGUUAUCUUUGUCUUUCAGAUAAACCUAACAUGGUUACAGCUGUUCAGCCAAUGUUUGGUCUUUUAAAACGACUCCACCUACAUCCAAUGGAAAAUGCUUUAAAUGAAAUAAGUCCACAAACUUCCCUUCUGCAAUCUAUAAAGUUUGUAAGUUUUAUCUGUUCCUCAGCCAUUUCAGUAGAAAGCCCAGCCAUUUCUGUUUCGUAAAACCAAAUCUGAAGAAAUACGACGUAGUCACGACAGUAUGGGCCAGAAGAGACCAUCACCUUACCUUUCUAACACGGACCUGAAAACUGCCAAACCGUAGUCUCUUAGUUGCCUCAUUCUUUAUGUGAUCCAAAAUUAUUCAUUACAAAGAAAAACUUGAUAAUACGUCAGUGAGUGUUGAAUACGAGUUUUGAAGACUUGUUUUGGGUUAAAAUGAUAAUUAAAACGCUGAUCAACAAGUGAUACACAGCUACACAAUUUGUUCCACUGUUAUGUGCUUGCCACAUCGAAUUAUUGACGUUAGUCUACGGGUGAAAUGUAACGAAAAGACAACGCAUCUGCUCAAAGAAUAGAUUCCCGCUAGUUAAAUGACAUGGUUGCGUACAAAAUAUAUAAAACAAAAACAAACAUGGUUGGGAGUGAUUUGAAAUAAGUAAAUGGAAGACGUGGAUUUUAUAUGUUGCUCAAGCCUUAACGAAAUUAAUGUCUGUCUAACAACCUCAUAUGAUUAAUUGAGGUAAUUUUUGAUGUAACGUUUGUUAGGAUGAAAAUCCUUCAUUAUUAUACUACUUCACGCCUAAAGUAUCUGGUUCUGUUUCUUUUGCAGGAUAUUUCAUUUUAAACGCCCUUUUUUACCAUCACGAUUAGUUUCUGAAUUGGGGGUAUGCGGAACUGUUCAGACACUUACAAUAUGUUUAUUCAUCCUCCACAAAAGUUGUAUCUGGACUAUCAGGUGUAAUAGACUAUUUAAGAAACUAGAAUCAUUAAUUACGGUCUCUAUCUCGUUCAAACGUUAUGUUGUAUCGGAAAUCAACUAUCCUUUUAAGUAAAUUAGUACGAUGUUAUAUUUUGGAUUCGAUUAAUGUUGAAUAUUAAUUUCGACCCCACUUUUCAUGAGUUGUGAUAAAUAAAACCUGAUUCUCGAAUUUUUCAUGCAGAACACUAUGAAUUGUAAGUCUCAUCAACUUUACGAUCUGGCAAUAUUUUAGUAUAUCCAUACAAAUCCUGAUCAAAUAGUCUGACAUCUUAUGUAAACCGUAGCAUUCUUAUAGUAAUUGCAUUUUCUAUGCUUUUUUUAGCCCGCCGUGUUACGAAAUUAACUGAUAAGAUCGUAAAUCCCGUGGAUGUAAACUUUAAACCUAAUUAUGAGAACUCAAGCAUAAAUUAUUCAACUUUAUCUCCUGGGGUAACCCCAUCAAAUCCACCGAUCUUUCCAUCUCCUACUUCAAUCAAUUCCCCCAACCUUUCUGUAUCAAAUGUUUCAUAUUCUUUACGCAUCCCGAACUCUAGCGAAACCCCAGUAAUUUCUCAUCCGAAAUAUCUGUGCCUCCAAAACUCCCCGCACCCAGUUUGCCAGUAUCGAUCCCAAGUUACUCCCGUCGUUAGAACUAAUCCCACAGAGUGCCAGACACGUAUUUCUACACGUAGUACGGAUUCAUUAUUAGGUGAGAAUCAUUUUGUGAUUGAAGAGGAAACACCCGCUACUUCUAUUUGUGCAAAGGACUCCCUCCAUUUAAAUAAAAUAACUGGCCAUCUUAGUGGACAGAAUCUUAAGGGUGUUCGAUACGUGAGUCGCUCACGUAAUACCAGCAGAUUGUCUCCUGUAUCUUCAGUAUCUAAAAGAUAUGGUAAUUCGGACGAUAACAAAUGUGAUGUGAAGUUGAAAAACAAAGAUAAAGUUAUGAUUGUAUACAAGGAACCACCAAAGCGUCGGAAAUCUAUUGAUCAGCUCGUUGAACCUUCGAUUCAUGGAUUACCAGAUCCCGAAAUUUCCACUAAACCUCGUACACGAAAACCAACUCAAUUUUUACAACUUAAUGCACAAACUACUGAGCCUUCGUGUAAUGAUCAAAAGCCUGCCUAUCUCACUACUCAGUCAUAUUAUUAUGUACCAGAUUUUACUAACCGUCAUCUCCGAAGUCCAGAAACUGUCCGAGUUCAUGUGAUAGAGCCGAGAGGUAUACCAAAGAUGUCCAAUUCAGCUGUUCUUAUUGAAGUUCCUAGCUGGCGUGUUAUACCUAUCCCAGGUGUCGAGAUCUAUAUGGAUUGUUCUUGUGGGACAAAACAUUCCAAAUCAUGUCCCAAAAAACACCCAGACAGACGAAAACUAACAGAUACGGAUACUCUUAAAUCAUGUAAUCUCCGCGCCUUACGAUCCAGCUUACUGACUAUUAACUCUGUCCAUUCAAAUAAAAAUUAUCCAACUCCAGAACUUAAGUCAAAACCCAGGUCUAGAUCUUCCCAGACACAAAAAGAGCAUUACCAAGUUGGAGAACCUAUCAAAUCAGUUGGCGUUUUGGAUGAAAACAUAUCAGACCCAGCAUUCCUUGCUCGCCAUUCGCGUUUGGAAAUUGAGGAAGUUCGUCACGAACGCUUAUCUCGCCAACGUACUGCAGAACAAGAACUAAAGCAACGUUUGGAAGAAAGGGAUCAAGCCAGUUGGGUAAGGGAGGAGCGCUUUACACUGAGUUAUCCAAGAGUUAGUAAAAAAAAAUCUAAAUUAUCAGUAUGUUAAUAUUUUCGUAUAUGAUAGUUCGGGUUUCAACCAUUCGGUAGUGUAACAUGUCUAGUAACUACAUGUUUAAUCCUAUGUUAACUACUUGCCACAUGUACAUGGAGAAUCAAUUUACUACAUUUCACAGCUGUAUUUGUAAAUCUUGGUUAGUGGUGUGCUGUAAUUGCUUAGCUUUUUGAAGUAUAGAUUUAUGAUUUACGAACGAAUUUCCGAUUAUUUAAAAUAAAAGAGCAGAACUUUUGUCGAUGGGUUUUAUUCAUUAAUACGAUGUAGUUGGAUAGUGACUGCUCAUGAAAUAAAUUAUUGACGUAAGCCGCUGAGACCGAAGGCACAACUACUAGCUAAAAGAAUAGGUUUUUAUAUAUUGAGAUAACAUGUUCAUACAAAAAUAACGGGACCAGAUGUUUUCAAUUAUUGGACAGAAUUAGUUUUGUAGGUCGCUCAUUCUCCAACAGAUAAGGGCCUAAUUGUUAGACUCCACCAUAUCACCCAGUUAGGUAGCCAAUUUUGUUUUCGUAUUUCGCUGGUUACCUUAAUGUUUCGUUUCUAACGAGAAAACAAGUAUAAGUCUAAUUUUUACAUAUUCUACAGAUGGUUUCUGUCAAAAUUUACUCGGUCCAAGUGUUAGGACGAACUGAGGAUAACCGUUCAUCGUUAACAUUCCUAUUUCAACGCUUAGAUUAACCAAAACUAGUUCAAUCCUGGUAGGUUUGAAGCUAUUACGACUUCACUUAGUAUGCGAACGGAACAAAGACUUGUGACCGUAGACCAGCUAGCUAUUUGAUGUGUCCCAGCCCCGCUAACUAGAGGAAGAAGUCCAAGCUUGGAACUGAAAAGUAUAUUCCGUAAACCAGAAGCACGAGUGAAUAAUAACAGAUACAAAUCAAACGUAUAUAUACAGCAUAAAACUCCUUGGGAAGCGUAACAAAAAUAGCAUACUAAAAAUGCAUAACGGACCAAUAGCGUUGAAGAUUCUCCAAAGUGGGAAAUACGACAUGAAGGUGAAAAAGAGCGCUUUUGGCGCGAAAACAAAGAAAUUUAAUUUUCUAAAAUAAAAUUACAAAAUUAAGGGAUUUACCAAGUAAGUUCUGGGGAUCUAACAUCCCCAACAAAUCCCAGCUAUAAACUCCGUUAAGAAGCGACUUACUAGUUUAGGAGAAUUUAAACUGCUUGUAAUAUUCGUUCAGUUUUUGCACUGUUUGUAUGUGAAGUAGAUUGCUUUCGUUGUCCACCAAUUUCACAACCUUAUUUUAUGAAGCUUUUUUAUAUCCAUUCCCUUGAUUAGCAUAAGAGACAACCUGGUCGUUUGGAUCCACUUCUGAAGUAUAGACCAGCUAGUCGGAUGCCGACUCAGCUAAGCUACGCACUCAAGCAAGGUCAGAACAUUUUUUUUGAAACAUUUUUUAAUUCUUCCUUUUUCGAUCCAUAUUUUAGCAUCAUUAAAGCUUAAAAAGAACUCGUUUCGAUCCAAUAGAAUUUAUAAACUGCUUUAUGGGUCAUUAAGUAUUUUAUCUUCGUGUUUAAGUUGUGAAUUUUCAGAUAUUAUUCAGUUCAUUUAGUCCGUUAAGGCCGAUAUCCUUGAUGAAAGCCGCGUGAUUCUCAGUUGAUAUUGUCAUAGAUUAUUACCCAUAUCAAAUUGUAUGCAGAAAGUUAAUAAAAAUAAGAGUCUAUGCUCACUUAAAAUCCCAUAUUUAUGCUGCAACAUUAUAUGACUUAAUAAUUCACCUACUAAGUAAAUCAAGAUUAUGUAUCCACUCAGUGUUCAGUAGGACGAUAAUACUUGAGUUACAUUAAACUGCUCAGAUUCUCCCACUCUAGUCCGACUAACGUAACUCAAUCCACAUUUUCACCAAUUAAUUUACUUUCCCUAAAUAGAUCACCUGACUUCAAUGCAACAGCAUAAUAUGAAUCACAGUCAACAUAUUUCUACAUUGUUUACUUACCACUACUACAAUAACAACAUUUAUAAAAAGACACUUUAUGAUUAUUUUUAGGUUUGUUUUGAUUUACUGGCUACUCAAAAUCAUUCUAUACAUCUUCAGACCAUAUUUUGAAAAUUUGUUCCUUGUUUAUCAACCCAAUGUUUCCACCCUAUCAAUCUUUGUUAUUUACUUUUUCCCAAGGACAUCAAUUUCACGUAGAUAACUCUAUACCGGUGGUCGCAUUCGGUUGUCGUGUGCCAAUAGCCUCACUAAAGUAAGUGAUUGAUACUUGUUCUCAUAAUUCGGCUAAUACCUUAUACUUUAUACAUUGUUUUCAUUUUUUAAUAGUUUUACAACUAUAACUGGUUGUGUUGUUGCAAUAACUUCUGACACUAGUUGUGGACAGUUGACUGCAAUCUAUGGUCAUCAAACAAAAAGAUUGUCGAAAAAUAACUGAUAGCUGCUAACUUAUCAUCCACGGCUGAAUAAAAACGAUUACUUGUGCAAAAUACAACGAGUGAAUGUGUCUGUCGUAUUUGAUGUAGUCCACUUAUAAUCUUGGAUCACUAGUUUCUAUCAUCUAGAGACUCUUCUCCAAAAACCUGCAUUUCCCUAUAAAUAAAAAAUCGUAAAUUGAUCCUAUGAUUAGAUUAAUAUCAACGUUGACAAGAGUUACUGACCAGUCGAAAACUGAUGCAUGGAAUAAAUCAAUUUCUGGAAGUUUUAUAAAGAUUUCAGUGUAAUCUAUACUUCAUGUUUAUCUUUUCUUUUUUAUUGAUAUCGUAUUCAGUACUUUGAAAUCAUUGUUGUAAUGGAAAUAUAAAUAUCAGGGACUGUUUAUUGAUUGACGUGGCCAUUAAUUUCCUCUCACUGUUGAAGUAGUAGUACAUAGUUAUGCAGUAUCGUAUGUCAUUUUCGCGUGGCCAAACAAAAUACGUGGGAUUGAGAUCAGGACAGGUAGAAAUCUUGUAUAUGGAAAGAUAGUUGCAUAUUCGUGGUUCCAGUUUAAGUGGUGAGGUGUCACAUUCGUUAUUCAGUAUUCGGUGUCAACAGUCUCUACAAACUAUUCACCAUUGAUUCAUAAAUUCUAAUUUAUGAACCAUAACUUAGGGCGACUUGUCUUCAUGGACUUUAACUCAACCUUACCGUUUUAAUGAUAGUGCUUCUAAUUAUGUUACUAAACAUUCGAACCAAGUAGGUUUAGGGGGAUACCUUAUUCAGCAAUGUCGGUAUAUUUAUUUAUUUGAACACAUAAAUAUUGGUACAAGAGAGCGCCAGUAUAUAUGCGCCACACAAAACAAUGAGAAUUCGAAGAGAAAGAAAAAAAGGUAAGGAGCGUGAAAAAAAGAACAAUAACGGAGAGGUUGGUGUAACGUAGUGUAGUAAUAAUAAUAGUAAUAAUGAGGGAACGGAAAGGUAUAAUCAGAAGAAAUCUUUCGAUUAAGGGAGACACAACCACUUUAUGAAGAAAGUAAAAGGUUACAGCAGGAUCGCCACUGGCUUCUAUUCUGAGCCAUAUCUAAUAACGUCUCUAGCCACUGUGUAGCACCAUCUAUCGGACCCCAACCAGGGAGUCGUGAAGGAACGACAGAAGCCAGUCCUUUGCAGCUUUCUUUCAUGCCAUGGCACCAUUUCAUGCACUGACCACCUCUCCGCUUUAUCUAACCAGUCCCAGAGUCGGCAAAUAAUGCACGACGUGGAAUUCUCUGGGACGACAUUCGUAGAACAUGUCCAGGCCACCGAAGUCGGUGUUUCAAGAUGGUGACAUCGAUUGCAAUGUCGGUAACUGUAAUAUUUGUGAAGAAUUUAAUCUUUGUAGCUUUUGGACAUCCAUCAUCGCGUCUUUUAUUUUUCUCUUUAUAGACCCUUCACAAAGUUCAGCAUUCAAUAAAUUCGCACUAACGUCAGGUUAUUCACAGCAUGUACAGUCUUUCGUCUUAACUUUUGAAGCUUUUCACAUUGUAUAUAUUAGCUUUUGUUACACUAUUGUUCCUACGAUUUAUUCUUCCAUCAUCAGUUGGCUAAGUGCUUGAUUCCUGUUAUCUACCCUCACAAAUACAAUAUACUGACCCUAAAGCUGCUUCCUUUGAAUUUUUUCUUUGUUAAUAUCAAAUUCAUUUUCAUCCUUGGACUGGCGUUAUUAUUAAUUGGCCAAAUCAUCCAUAUAUCAGUUUUUCGAUAAAGGUUCAUUUUCUAAAUGAUACUAUAUUUUAAAAAAAAUUACGAAUCAAACUUUAUGUUAUUGUAAUUCAGUAGUUUAACUUAAGCUGUUUUAAUCGCUACCAGAAACGCUUUAAAUAAUCCACUUCAUAAGUUUGUCGUAGUGACCGUAAAGCUCUGUAUAAAAUUCCACAUGUCUUUUACGCUAGUUUUUCUUCCAGCUUACUACACUAUCUAAAUACAUGUAUGCAUUUCUUUUCAUAUAAAAGAUCUGUAUUUAUAAUUCUAUUGUUUUCAUUAAAUCCACUACCAGUUGUCAUCAGUUAACUUUACACUUUAAUACAAUAUAAGUUAGUAAUGUUUACUCCUGUAAAAAAGUAUUUGAUGGUAAAAGCAUUUAGGUAAGGUACUAGUUAAUUCUUAUCCUGGCAUUUAUGUCGAAAUGAAAACUGAAGGGAUAGGUGAAUAAAAACGAGGUAUUAAAAGUAUAGCUUGGAGAGGUAUUUUUCUGCUACAGAAAAUAAAACAAACGACAAUCUCGGCUCUCUAAGCUAAAAUCAUGUGUGGUAAUUUCUGCAACGGUCUCUAAACUGAGACCAAUCAAAUUACCUGUAUUUUUCACCUCCGGACAGGUGCUGUGAGCUUGCUCAACCCCGUCCACGGGUCGGCCUCGUGUUGCAUUAUCUCAAGAAUUGGCUAGCCCCCAAACGCCCUGGUAUGACCAAGGGUGGGGAGAGUCCGCUCUCCCUCUCAAAAUGCUCACAUGGCCACGCAUAUACGGUUACUGCCAGGAAGGUCCUACUCACUGCCUUCUCGCGGCAUUACUAUUGUUUACAAAAUUGAGGACGAAAAGCGAAUGUCAGGCGCCUUAACCAGGUUGGUGGAUAUGGAGGAUCCACCUAGAGUAGUUGAAAAAUUCUGAUUCCAAAACAAUGGUGCACAUGGGUUCCGGUAUCCUGAGGGAACAAAUGGCGUAUGAACCAAUCCUUGGUCACCGGCUACCGUAGGACUGCAUCUCCCUACGUUGCUCCACUGCCUUGUGGAUCACAAUUUAGAGUCAAAGUCUCUGAGUGUGACCCCCUAGGAAAACCACCUGCUUCGGUCUGUGCACCCGGGCAGUAUCACAGCCCACACACAAAUGAAGUGACCUGUGUGGCGCAUAUGUAUUCAGUGCCCCUUUGUACCAAUGUUUUCAAAUAAAUAAGUGGAGAUGGUAAUACUUCACAUCAUGUACUUCCCAUAGGAAACCAACAUAUCCAGCUCUAUCGCUUUUCACUGUUAGGAAACCUGUGUCACUUAUGCCACUUUGUAAAUUGUUCAAGUAUUCAAUAGGACGAAUAUUUUUCAAAAUCUUUGAUCAAUUCUUUAGGUUGGUAAGACUCACUACUGAUCAAGAUUCUUUAGACAUCAAGCAUAAAUAUCCUUCGUAUUCACAGAUUUCGUGUACCUUUCAUCACGGUAGAACUUAUCUGGAUGUGGUGAAUUGUUACUGAAUUAUCAGGGUUAUUUGUGACUCGAUAAUAUAUCGAUCUGUAUGGUUACAUAGUGAUCUUUAUUAACGGUCGUAAAAACAUUUUAUAUUCUUAUGUUUAGCAUUAUGUGCCAGAUUGCAUGAGGGUGGAUCAUAAGGUGAUGCUACGUCAUAAUUGAGGUGAUCACCCUGUGAAACCGAACCCAUAGAUAGUUUCUUCCUAGAACCUAGUUGCACACAUUAAAAUCCUGAGUGACUACUGUCUCACAACUCUGGGAGUUUUGUGUUAGUGAUUGCCUUAUCUUGAGUCUUAAUAAUUUUGGUGUUGGUGACGUCAAUUUGGUUGGUAAUAGAACGAGGGAGGCUAGAUACACAAAUUCAGAUCUCAUCAGACUUAUUCUCACACCGAGCAGAAAUUAUUUUCUUUGCUAAAUUUAGACAAUCUUAAGUGAUAAGGUAAAGUGUAUAUAAAGCAGGUUGUGUUUUACCACACUAUAUUCCAUACAGUCAGUACAAGUUGAUCUAUCAAAAUGUUUUUAUAUAAAUAGGUAGAAAUGUGAAGUAAAUUAACAUCAAACUUGUCGAGACUGUUGGAAGCAACUAAUGUAAGCAAUAGUAUGAACAUAAGAUUCAGGCCAAUUCGAUAACUACAACAAUGAGUGCUCGCAUAAGACAGUAUUGUGAUAUCUAAAUUUUACGCAAAAACCUAAAAGUUGCUUGUAGAUUCUGAUCAUCUUGUUCUUAUACUAUUCUUUACCUAAUUUAUCCAUUAAGAUUCAUCUUGAUACUUAUUUUUGACACAUUAAACGCACUGUUUAGCUUCCUUUAAAGCAAUUGGAUUUUUCCACACGACACUACCUAUCAUAUCAUUUGUUCAACUUGGGCAACCAAUUGACCUAGAAAUAUCUCGUCACCAAGUAAAUUCAUUCUAUAAAAUUAACAUUUCCAUAUUUUCACUCUGAUCAAU